UUUUGGCUCAAGCGCCGCCGGCCCAAAGCAGCCGGCGCGGCCCGCGCCUCCGCGCACCCGUGGGCGCUUGUGCUUGGCCGGUGCGUGUGCAGGCCGGCGCCCACGCGAGGCGCCAUGCUGCAGUUCGUUUCGGACGCCGUGGGCGGCCGCGGCCAGGGCGGCGGCGUCACCGCGGCCGAGGAGUCGGCCGCCUACAAUGCGGUCGACAACGUGGAGAGGCGAGCGGACAGGAACCUCGAGGCAAGCAACGCGGCCAUCGCGGCGCACAUCGGGGCGCUGUCCGACCGGUUGGCCAAGAUGGAGAGGAGCGUGCACAAGUCCCAGGCGUGGCACCCCGCGGCGGACGCCGGCGGCACGCGGGUGCCGUCGACGGACGAGGACAUGGGGUCCUUGCCCGCCGUGCCCGAGGAGGGCGACGACUAUGGCGCCGAGGCGAAGACGGAUCCCGAUAAGCAGCAGGCCGCCUACGCUGAUUUCCUUUACACGACCCAGAGGAACAUCAACUGCGUCGGUGUGCACGCCUGGGGCAUGUCCGCCGCCACGCGGCAGGGCGCCACGUGCGGCGGCGCGUGCUGCGCCCUGGUGCCGUCUGCCCUGCUCCUGCUGCUCCAGGCCAUCGUGCUCCACUCCGUCAGUCUCGAGGCCCUGAACCCCACCUGCGUCCGCAACGAGGACUGCCGGUCGGGCACCUGGUGCUCGCCCAGCUGGAGCGUCGGCGGCUACGAGGCCCUGCCGGGCACGUGCGACGACUGCUUGUGGGCCACGCUGCUCAGCGAGGUGGAGUCUCCGACACCAGCGCCGACACCAGCGCCGACGCCAGCCGCCGACAUCAGCACCAACGCUAGCACCGACGCCAGCACCGACGUUAGCACCGACAUCAACACCAACGCUAGCACCGACGCCAGCACCGAUGCCAGAACCAACGUAUGAACAGAGCAGAUCAGCAUUAAUGUCAGCCUCGACACCAGCACCAACGCCAGCAUCGACACCACCACCAGCAUCGCCAGUACUGCCGAUGGUGGCGCAAGGCCGAAGAGGGCUCGACGCGGACCUGGGCGCGGCGCAGGUCCUGUUUGACUACGCGGCCCUCCCGGUGCGGCUCGGCCCAGGCGCCUACGAGGAGCUCUCCGACGCCGCACUCUCCGCCGCCGUGGCACACUGCGCCGCGCACGCGGUGGACAGGUGCGACUUCGUCCGGGACUUCAAAGACUCGCUGACCCUGGGCACGGUCAUGGUCUUCGUCUUCGUGCUCGUGCUCCUGCUCUUCUCCAUCGUCCAGGACUUGGACAAGGCCGAGCAUAUGCUAGACGUGUUUGAGUACCGCCUUCAGGGCUGCGAGCCGGUCAUCAGGAUGUUGGUCACCGCCGUGGCUUCGAUGAAUUUCAACACAAGGAGAUUCGUCCUCCCGGGCAUUGUCGUGUACGCCUACUGCGCCCUCGUACUGGCCGGCCCCGCGACCCCAGGGUUUGCGCAGCCGGUGUAUUUUCUCUUCUGCGGGGUCUUUGUCGGCGUGAUCUACCACGCCGAGCGGUUGUGCACCACGGUGUUCCUUGGCAAGAGGGCCGUGAAGCUCACCCGCGAGGCGUUCGCGGACGAGGUGGCACGGGACGCCAUCGAGCGAAUCAAGAGCCCUCUGCACGCGCGGGCGCUGGCGUUUUGGGACCACCGCUUCUACGCCAUGUGCCUCGGAGCGUUCUCGGUCCUCGUGGUGGUGUUCACCGAAACAUUCAUGGACGCCGUGCCGCUUUUAGAUGUCCCAAGAGUCUUCAAUGCUGGCAUAUUCAAGGGCGUGCCCGGGGACGCCAACAAUUGCACCAACGUCAUCAUCAUGCUCGCCGUCUCAUCGACAAUUGCUGUGUUGUGUUACACUUUUGUCUGGACCUGUUCUUACGUGUUGACGACCAGAUGUCGCCGUUGCAGUUUGGGUGUGAUCCUCGCGCCGUUCAAUUGCAUUCUGUGGAAUUUUGCUCUUUGGAUGGCACUGUGGACGGUGGCGUACGCGCCCGUGCUCAAGCCCACAUGAUGACCAGCGCCCUCUGUCAACACGCCUCUGGCCCGUUGGGCCGGCGAAUACGUUUUGUAUCUCUCUCGUCUCUCUCUCUCUCUCUCUCUUUCACGUAUGCCUCUCUCCUCGAGGGCCAAAACCCCCAGAGGCCAGAGGGCGAAACGCCUGCGGUCGUGACCCCUUUUUGCCUCGAGGGGGUCUGGGAAGGCCCGCCCCUCCUCCUCCUCCUCUUCCUCCUCCUCCUCCUCCUCCUC